CUUCUUUAAAUGGAUUAAAAUCCUCUUCCUAUCUUCAAUUAAGUAAAAGAUAAAACUAAGCAAAGAAAAGCAAUUGAUUAAGAGAUAAAAUCAAAGCUAAUUAUGAGUGUAGUUAAUGAUCGUCUUCCAAUUUAUUAGGUAAUGAAGAAUUACAAUAAUUAAUUAUUUUAGGCUGCUAUUCUCCAUAAAGUUAAAUAUUCAUCUGCCAAGCAUAUUCUAAGAAAUUACUUCAAUGAUACAGCUAACUUUUUUUCUACUUAAAGAAAGAGAAAGAGGAAAAUAUUAUGCAAUAAUGUCUUCGUAUUUAUUGAUGCAUAUUCUGGAAAAAUUAUUAUCAAGAAAUAAUAAACUUAUUCCAUGUCUUGUGCAAAUAAUGGAUCUACUCCAGUUUUAUAAUAAAAAAUCUUAAGCUAACUUUCAAAUGCCAUUUAUCUAGAAGUUCACCCAUUUUCAAGUAUAAUUUAAUAUUAUGGUAUUCUUAGAAAAAAUAGCUAAACACAUAAAUUAAACUGAACAUAUUCAAAAAGACUUAUAUAAGUUAUAUGAGAUCAUAAAAUAGUAGCAUAAUGAAAUGACGAAUUUAAAGGAAUAAUAUUGA